CGUAUACCGACUCACGUAAAUACGCUUCUGCGCCGCUAUCGGCCUGUGAUUUCGCCUUAUCUCGCAUUAGAAUUCGAUUAGGACGGGGAUCUCCCAGCGCGACGGACUUACAUCGGAAUCUCCGUUCCGCCCGGGUCACUGAUCGAGCAUCACUCGCUCGCCUCAACGCCUCGCCAACACGUUCACCACGAUUCUCCCGUCCGGGCAGCCAUGAUCUCGGCUUUCUUCAUCUUCAAUCAGAAGGGCGAGGUCCUCAUCUCGCGACUCUACCGGACAGACCUCAAGCGGUCAAUCGCGGACGUGUUCCGGAUUCAGGUCGUGUCGAACAGCGAUGUGCGCUCACCCAUAAUCACCCUAGGCUCGACUAGCUUCUUCCAUGUACGUAUCAACAACCUGUACAUCGUGGCCGUCACAAAGUGCAACGCUAACGCUGCACUCGUGUUCGAGUUCUGUUACCGCUUUAUCUCCAUUGCAAAGUCGUACUUCGGCAAGGUCGAUGAAGAAGCGGUCAAGAAUAACUUUGUGUUGAUCUAUGAACUCGUCGAUGAAAUAUGUGACUUCGGCUAUCCUCAGAACAGCGAGGCUGACACACUCAAGUCGUAUAUCACGACAGAGAGCGUCAUGUCGACAAACAUAGCACCAGAAGAGUCUUCGAGAAUCACUGUGCAGGCCACGGGCGCGACGAGCUGGCGUCGUGGAGACGUCAAGUACAAGAAGAACGAAGCCUUCGUCGACGUCGUGGAGAAUGUCAACCUCAGCAUGAGCGCCAAAGGGACGACACUGCGCGCGGACGUGGACGGGCACAUCCAAAUGCGGGCCUACCUUUCCGGGACGCCCGAGUGCAAGUUCGGUCUGAACGACAAGCUGGUUAUUGACAAGAAUGAGCGGGGCACGGCGGAUGCUGUCGAGCUCGACGACUGCCGGUUCCACCAGUGUGUGCGGUUGAACGAGUUUGAUUCUACUCGCACGAUCAGUUUCAUCCCGCCAGACGGGGAGUUCGAGCUCAUGCGAUACCGAGCAACGUCGAAUGUCAAGCUGCCUCUGAAGGUCAUACCCUCUGUCACGGAGAUCGGCACGACACAAGUGCAGUACGUCGUCACCAUCAAGACCAAUUUCAGCAACAAGCUGUCCGCAACGAACGUCAUUUUGAAGAUACCCACGCCUCUGAACACGACCAGCGUUGACUGCAAGGUGGCAAGCGGGAAGGCGAAGUACGUCCCCGCCGAGAACGUGGUUAUCUGGAAGAUUCCACGCAUACAAGGCGGGCAGGAGGUCACCUUCUCCGCCCACGCUGCGCUGACGAGCACGACAACCCGGCAAGUAUGGGCGCGGCCGCCCAUCGACGUCGACUUCCAGGUGCUCAUGUUCACCGCGUCGGGCUUGAUCGUACGCUUCUUGAAGGUGUUCGAGAAGAGCAACUACCAGAGCAUCAAGUGGGUGCGAUAUCUGACGAAGGCGAGUGGGUCGUACCAAAUACGGUUCUGAGUCGCUGCAUAUUGUGCUCUUCUCUCAAUUCUACCUCUAUCUCUUUACACACAUGUACAAUUAGGAUUACAUACUGCUUUACUGGAGAUUUCGUUGCUGCUUGGGCACGGUGAUUC